CAAAGCGUAAUCAGAAAUUCAGAACUCAGAAGUGUGUCCCUCCCUCUUUGGCGGCAACCCUGAUUCCCAAUCUGAAAGUGAAAGUGAAAGUGAAAGUGAGAGUGAGAGUGAGAGAGAGAGGGGUGCUCUGUGACUUUCCCGAAGAUGACGAAGUUCCGGAAACUGGGUCGACCCACCGGUCACCGAAUGUCCAUGCUAAGAACCAUGGUUUCCCAGCUUAUCAAGCACGAGCGCAUCGAAACCACUGUUGCCAAGGCUAAAGAGGUUCGCAGACUUGCUGACAACAUGGUUCAGCUCGGCAAAGAGGGUUCUUUGUGUGCUGCAAGGCGCGCUGGUGCUUUUGUGAGAGGAGAUGAUGUCCUUCACAAACUUUUUACUGAGCUAUCUUAUCGUUACAAGGAUAGAGAAGGUGGAUACACCAGAGUGCUAAGGACUCGUAUUCGAGUUGGUGAUGCUGCACCACUCGCCUAUAUUGAGUUUGUUGACCGGGAAAAUGAGCUUAGACAGUCAAAGCCACCAACACCACAACCACCACAGAGAGCUGCUGUUGAUCCCUGGACGAGAUCUCGUCUCACUAGGCAGUUUGCACCUCCUAAAGAGGAAAAACCAGAAUCUGGAUUAUGAUGCGGUUCAAUUCAAUGUAAUGCAAGUACUUCUAUUUUUAUUGUGCUAUCUGAUUUUUUUUUUCAUGCUUCGUUUUUGCUUGUUCCCCACAAGGUCACAAUGAUUUUCAAAUCAAGCUGUUCCCCCAUAGUGCCCCUUAUGCUAGAAGGUUUUCCUUAGCAUAUGUAAUAAUUAGAUUGAAAUUGUUGCGAGGUAAUGAAAAAAUCUCAGAUUAUUUUACAA